AUCUUCUAGCGAAUAUGUUUUAUCUUCCCGCGGUUGAAUUUCUUUAUUUUCUUCCUCAUUUGAAUCCUUUCCAAUCUUUUCCCGUCAUUUCUUCAAAUCGUUCUCUCAAAUGUAUUGUUCAAUUCCUCUCCCCUUAAAUCCUCCUCCAGUUUCCCUCCGUCGUUACAAACACUACCUGCCGUUCUCACUCUCUUUCUCCAAAUCACAUCUUUGCUUCUCUUCCUCUCUCCCGAACACUCCUUCUCCUUCAGACAGUAAAGAUUUCCUCUGGCUCCGCGAAGAACAAAGGUGGCUCCGAGAGGAACAGCGGUGGCUCCGGGAAGAGCAACGCUGGCUCCGCGAGCGCGAGUCGCUGCUUCACGAGAUUCAAUCGUUGAAGCUACAAAUUAAAGCCUUAGAACAAAGAAUUUCGGUUCAAGAAGUGGAUUUAGUGCCUGAGAAUAUCGCAAGUGUUAGGGCUUUGUUGCAGGUUUUGAAUGAGAAAAAUCGGAUUGCGGAGAGCGGGUCGACUUCGAGUUCAAAUCCGGAUCCGAAUCCGAUUGCGGUGGAGGAGAAAGUAGAAGAAGUUAAAGAAGUAAUUGGGGUUCUGAAAAAGGAGGAGAAGAGGAGGAUAACGUUGAGAAAAGGAAGCGAAGGAGAUGAAGUGCGAGAGAUGCAGGAAGCAUUGCUGAAUUUGGGAUUUUACUCGGGUGAGGAAGACAUGGAAUUUUCCAGUUUUUCAAGUGGGACUGAGCGUGCAGUGAAGACUUGGCAAGCAAGUUUGGGUGCCCCAGAAGAUGGGAUAAUGACUGCUGAACUUCUUGAAAGGUUAUACGUGGGGCAGCAAAAUAAGGUUACUGGAUCAACCAUUAGUAUAGAUCAGAAAGAAAGCUCUCUCACUGUUUCUCAAAAGGAAAGUGCCAAUGGAGCUGCAGUUGCUUCUAUAACAGAAAUAUCAGAAACACAACAGAAAAUUGUGAAAGAUGGUGUCACAGAAGUUAAGGGAUCGCAACAGCGGGUGUUUCUCCUUGGGGAGAAUCGGUGGGAAGAGCCCUCUAGGCUUGUCAGCAAAGACAAACAAGUUGGUGUAAGCAAACCAAAGGAUUCUAUGACAAAGUGCCUUUCCUGUCGUGGGGAGGGCCGUCUACUGUGCACAGAAUGCGAUGGAACAGGCGAACCAAACAUUGAGCCCCAGUUCUUGGAAUGGGUAGGUGAGGGAAUGAAGUGUCCAUACUGUGAAGGCCUUGGAUACACGACAUGUGAUGUAUGCGAAGGGAAAACUUUGAUAUAGAUUUUGUGGAUGAACUAUGCUCGUAAAUAGGCCUUAAUUAUCAACAAGGUUGCAUUUGUGCUUCCCAUAAAAGUUCGGGGUUACUAACUAAACAUGGUAAACGUAAUGUUAUCAACUAGUAGAUCGGGAAAGGCAUUUGUAGAGUAUGAUCACAUUGUCUUCUUGUAUUGUUAUCUUGUAAGCCGUUGUACGUUUUAACUAGUUUAGAGAAACAAUAAUGAUCCUGUAACUAACCAUCCUUGCACUAGACAUCUUGCAUUCUUCUUCUCUUCCCGAGUCAAUUGGGAUGAAAAAAUAUUGCAUCAUUCUAUUA